AUGUAAGAAAAAAUGAUGUCUGGUAAUGCGGGACUCAAGCUGUUGACUGAUGGUAAUCAUACAGAAGGAAUGCCUUUUAGAUAAAACGUAUUAGUUUAAUCUUCUGGUGGUGAAUCAAUCAUGAUGUACAAUAAGAUGCUCACUUAAAAAACAGAACGCAAAAAUCACUACAGAGACUAAUUUUGUGAUAAUCUUAAAGCGAAAUCAUAAAGACAUCAUAAUAUUUCUGAAAAACAUUUAUCAUAUGUUGGAGAUAAAACCUAUUAUCCUCAUUCUUCUACUAUUAAUAUCAGUAUUAUGCAUAAAAACUUUUCGUUAUAAUUGGAAUUAAAGUUUUUCGAGAAGAUCAAACAGUUUUUUUCUAGAUAUUUUAAUAUGUUAGUUUAAUGUCUGAAAUAAAUAGAGCUAUUUUAACCAGAAUCGCCUAUUAAAUUGAUAUGGGAUUCAGCAUCCUUAGUCUCAAGAUUAUAUUUUUUAUUUAUGAUUCCUUUAGAUAUUGCAUGGAGUAAAUAUUCAUUUAUGUUUGACAUGUACAAUUUAACAUCUCUUAUUUUUUAAAUGGUUCUUUUAGGUGAUUUAAUAGUUGGUUUAAAUACUGCUUUUUACAAAUAAGGAUAAUUAGUGACCGAUAGAAAAUAAAUUGUUUAACAUAACUUUUUAAAAUGUUUCGGUUUGGAAUGGACUUCAACUAUAUAGUUACUGGUUUAUCAGAUAUUGACUCAAGACCCAUAAAUAACAUAAUAAAUUAAAGAUUAUAAAAUCUAUCUUACUUUGAUUACGUUUCUUGUUCAUUAUAGUACAAUAUAAGAAUGUUUGGAAUAUUAUGAAGAAGGACUUAAUUUAAGCAAGAAAGCAUCAUCUAUAAUUGAAUUAUUUAAACUAAUUGCUGUCUUAUUUUUUAUAAUACAUAUGUUUUCAUGCUUUUGGUUUUGGGUAACACUAUAAUAAAUUCUAGGUUGGUGAUUAUAGUCACCAUAAUUAUGGAGUCAGUUGGUUAGAGACUCUAGUAGAUUAAGAUUGGGAGAUUUAAUAUUUAUCUUCAGUAUACUAUUCAACAGUUACAAUGUUUACUAUUGGAUAUGGUGAUGUUCUUCCUCAAAGUAAUUUAGAAAGAAUUGUUUGUUGUUUAUUUAUUAUAAUGGCCAGUUUACAAUUACCUUACAGUAUCAAUACUGUAGGAGCAAUCAUUUCAUAAAUUAGUGAAUAUGGAUAAGAUAAGAAACGUAAAUUGAGAAUCAUCAAUUCAUAUAUGCAAAAAAAAAGAAUUCCAUUUUAAUUAUAGAGUGAAAUCCGUCAAUAUUUAAAUUAUUAUUGGCAAUUAAAUAAAGAAAAAGAUGCUGAAGAAGCUGAUUAAAUGAUCAAAUAAUUAUCAGAAAAUUUAAGAGAAAAAAUGAUAUAAGAAUCUAAUUCUGUUAUUUUGAAUCAGUGUGCUCUAUUUCGGUAUCGAUUCACUCCUGCUUUUAAAAGAGAAUUAAUUAAAUCUUUAAAAACUUAAAUUCUAGCACCAGAAACUAUUAUUGGAGAUAAAAAAGAGUUGGUCUAUAUUGAAUCAGGAAUAGUUGAUAUGUAUGGAGACUAAUCAUGUAAUUUAAAAUUAAAAUCUUUCACCCCUAGUCAAACUAUAGGUCUCAUUCCAUUCAUCUCAGGUAAUCUAUAACCUGAAACUUAUAAAAGUCAAGGAUUUUGUUUGGUUAUGACCUUAUCACAUAGAAAGUUUAAAAAAACUUUAAAAGAUUUCCCAAAUGAUUAUGAAAUCUAUUGUUAAAUUAAGGACUAUUUAUAAUUCAAUGGAAAUGAAACUACUAUUUUCCCAAGAAGAUGUUAUGCUUGUUAAAGUUUCACUCAUUAUUCAUAUGAAUGUCCAAUUACACAUUAUGUACCUGAUAGAGAAAAAAUAAUAAAAUAACAUUCAAUUUCUACAUAUUAACAAAGAAAAUUGAUUCCACGUUAAGAAUCAAAGAGAGCUCGUUUUCCUUCUAAGAAGAUGUCUUAAUAAUCUUUGAGUAAAGCUGCAUUCAUAGUGCAAUAAGAGAAUUAGAAUAUUGUUAAGACAUAUGAUUCCCCUUAGAUUGUAGAAGAUGAAACUAAAAUUAAUAGUUUGGAUUUAUAUAAUAAUAUUAAGAAUAAACCCAAGAAUAGCAAAGAGACAAGAGAAAAAUUGAUGUCUAAAUUUAGACAUCUAGUGAAGAAAAUUACUUUUAUAGAUAGAUACUAUCCGCAAUUUUUAAUGAUUGUAUUAAAGAAAUUUAGACAUGAUUAAAAUUAUUUUAGUCAAUAAUCUUAAUUGAAAUAAUUAAAAAUUAGAUAUGAUCAUCUAAAAUCAUUACCAGGAAUUGAUCCAGAGAUAUUGAAAAGUAUAGAGAUAACGAUAAUACAAAAUUCAGAUUAUGAUAUUCGUCAAAAUGAUGAAUUUGAUACUCCUAAGAAUUUCAUACAUUACAAUUCGAAGUUCAAUUUCAAUAAUAUUAAAUUAAAAAUAGAUAAGGAUAAACUGAGAUUCUUCAACUAGUUCUAAAGAUAUUGUUUGCAUCCAAUUUUAAUUAUGCAAAGAUUCCAUUCAACCAAGAUAUCUUAAGAUUUAAUCACCCAUAAUAGAAGAAAAAAUGUGUUUUGA